AUGACUAGAAUCUUAUUAUUAUUGCAUCCAACGGCUGUGACUGAUGAACAAUUAGUGACUAGGGUAAAGAGUGAAAUAAGCAAUAAGAAUAGCGCUGCAGAUGUUGUACAACAUAUAAUUGAUAGAGUUGCGAAUAAGAUAGUUAAAUUGGAAGACAAGGCAUUUAAUGAAGUGAUAUAUAUCAAUCCUAAUGAAGGAGAAAUCAAUAGGCAGUUGCCAGUGCUGACAAUAACGAUUAUAUAUGAUAGUUUGAUUGAAGAUGGAGUUUUCAAAGGAGAUUUACCCACUAACCAAAAUUUGGACGCUAUCAUGUCGGGCUUUAUAGUGAACGAACAGGGCGAAUGGGUGAAGCCAAAGGCAGCGGGAGAGACUGUAUCGAUUCCAUUGAAAAAGAAGACGGUAACUGUGGGUGAUGGAAGCAAACAAAACUUGCCAUCGUUCAAGAAACUUUCACCCACACAGACAACUGUUGGGUUAACCGACACAUCAGCAUCUAAUACAGAUGAGGAGAAUGACGACGCUAAUUCGAAGCGUAAGUUACAAGAAACAAAACUUGCAUACUUUUCUGAGUCUGAUGACGAAGAUGAGGAAGAUCAAAUAAUAGAUGAAAAUGACCUUAUUUCUGAAGCACGUACUGCCAACUUGGUUGUGCCUAAGAAGUGUGAAUUGCCUAAUGGUAAGAAAAGAAGAAAGGCGUGUAAAGAUUGCACUUGUGGGUUGAAGGAAUUAGAAGCCAAGGAAACAUCAGAAAAACUGAACUUGCAAAACACAUUACUCGGUCAAAUGGUGCAGCUGGCAAAUUUGGAGGCAAUGAAGAUUGAAGAAAAGAUGAAAAAUGCUGUCAAAUUUAAUGAUAAUGACUUGGCAGAAAUUGACUUUACAGUUGAAGGUAAAAAGGGUGGCUGUAGCUCUUGCUCCUUGGGAGAUGCAUUCAGAUGCGACGGUUGUCCAUACUUAGGGUUACCUCCUUUCAAGCCAGGUGAAGUAAUUUCAAUCGACAAUUUUGGAGAAGAUAUCUAA